AUUGCUGGCUUAGUGCGUUGAUUUUUUGCGGAUGGCGUGCAUACAUACGUUUAUAUGUAUACCUUGACGAAAAAAAAAUACAAAAAAUAUUUACAUAUAUUUGAUGUGAUAGUUGAGAAUUAUGCCAAUAGCAUAAACGCGAAUGCACGAAAUACAUAAAUGUUCUUCGAAAUAAGUCUCCAAAUCAUAUAAACAAGCAGAACAAACGGUGGCGUUGACUAAAAACCGGCUUUCUCGGAUAAAUAGCCUAUCUUGUUCGAAAAAAAUUCUUAUUGAUCGUGUUAAAUAUGUUAAAUGCAGUAGCGAAUAAAAAUAUCUUAUCAUAUACACAUUUUGAAAAUAAGAUCGCUAACGUAUCAACCGAAGUCAUCGACAGAAAAAGUAUGAUCAAAUUGCAUAAAUUAGAGCUGCGAAACGCCAUUGUACCUACUGUAAUGAUUAAGUGAUCUGGAUUGCGUUUAAUUUUGAAGGUCGCUGCAAGCUUGAAAAAAUAUCACAAAAAAUCACAUACAUACUACCUAUGACUGUGUGUAUAUAUAGAACUAUGCAGAUGCCUAAAAGAUGGCCAAAUCACGAAAUGUCCUUUACGCUGCUGGAUUAACUUGUUUGGGAUUUUUGUGCUUUGCAUUAGCCUCGGCAGCAGUGGGAAUACCUAUUUGGGGUUAUUAUGACAGUCCGACAGGUGGCUAUGACUUCGAUCGGGGUUAUUUUGGCCCUUUUAAGGUUUGCAAGCAGUUAACAUAUAAUCGAGAAAAAUGUGGCAACGAUGUUUCGAAAUUUCGACUUUCCACUGCCGCCAAUGUAAGUGGGUUAUUAGCCAUAAUGAGCUCGGCGACUUUAGGAAUCUUCUGCAUUUUAUCAAUAAUACAAAUAGCGAUGAUAUCUUCUCGAGAAAAAGUUGUAAUGCGAUACACAACAUUGGUGAUAUUUAAGAUGAUCUUGGCGCUGAUUUCAUGUUUGUUGGCGACAAUCGCAACAAUAAUGUUCGCCCUGCAAAUCGAUGAGUCGGAAAAAUAUGGAUUUAGAAUAUCUCGUGGUAUAUCAUUUUAUUUGCAGAUUGUGGUUAUAGUUUUAACGAUUGGACUUUUUCUUGUUGCACUCUACGAUGUUCUUUUUUCACGUCGCCCAGGCGGAGACCCCACUAUGAUUGUGGAUGCAACAUCACCGGCCAGCGCAACGACAUAUAACAAUCCUGGCUACAAAGAACCACGCUCAAGAAAUGGAGUUUCUGUCACUGAUGCAUCUGGAAAGCCUUAUAGCAGUAUACGUAACGGAGGUAGUGUGGCAUCCAUGUCUACUACUAUGACCAGCGUUUCAAACGGCUCGACAAUGGAAUCAGUAACACGUUCACCACUCCGUUCCAGCUUGAAGAAACCGCGUCCUCCUCGAGAUCCUGCGUUGGGUAUCCAAAAUCCGGGCUUCUCAGGAUCUGGUAGUUCACCGCCUAUGCAUCGCAGUAAUAGUGUAAAAAAGGUUCGAAUACAAACGCACAGUACAGAGGUGUGAGAACCGUUUAACAAAUAUAAUUUAAGGUAAAUGUUUUCUUGCUGUCAAAUAUUGAGGACUCUAGGGCAAAAAAAAA